AUGGAAACCAAGAGCAAGAUCAAAAAGCGUAACGUAGAAAGUGUUGAAGCCUCCAAUCUAAGAAACAUCGAAUCUGAUCAAACAAAAAGUACACAGGAUGAACAUUUAAAUAAACGGCCAAGAAUUGAAGAAACAUCUAAAGAUAAAUCUAUUGAAAGUAAUCCUUACUUGGCACAUUUAAACAAGCCUGUUCGUCCAAAUCAAGCAAUAAGUACGCUUGACGGUUUUAUUCCAGGGAAAACUACUGCUACCCAAGCUCGAAAAGCAGAAGAAGGUUUUUAUAAUCCAUUUAACAACAAAAAAUUUAGUCAAAGAUAUCACGACAUUUUGGAGAAUCGUCGCAAGUUGCCGGUACAUGCGCAAAGACAAGAGUUUCUAGAUAUGGUUCAUAAGAACCAGUUCGUAGUUUUCGUUGGUGAAACCGGAUCUGGAAAGACAACACAAAUUCCACAGUUUCUUUGUUAUGAUAUCCUUCCUCAUUUGAAGAAGAAACAAAUUGCCUGCACACAGCCUCGUCGGGUUGCUGCCAUGUCAGUUGCUCAGCGUGUUUCUGAUGAAAUGGAUGUGAAACUUGGCGAGGAAGUAGGAUACAACAUACGUUUUGAAGAUUGUUCCGGUCCCAAGACUAUUUUGAAGUAUUUAACUGAUGGUAUGCUUCUUCGCGAAGCUAUGAAUGAUCCUAAGUUGGAAAAGUAUUCAGCAAUUAUUCUCGAUGAAGCCCAUGAGCGUACCUUGGCAACGGAUAUCCUUAUGGGUUUAAUGAAACAGAUUAUUAAAGUCCGUUCGGAUUUAAAAGUAAUUGUGAUGAGUGCUACUCUUGACGCCGAAAAAUUUCAAAGAUAUUUCAAUGAUGCACCAGUUCUAACCGUUCCUGGACGAACUUUUCCCGUCGAAAUUUUUUAUACCCCAGAACCUGAACGUGAUUAUCUCGAAGCCGCUAUCCGCACAGUAAUGCAGAUCCAUGCGUGUGAAGAUCCAGGAGAUAUUUUGUUGUUUUUAACGGGUGAAGAAGAAAUUGAAAGCGCUUGUCAAAAAAUUAAAUCAGAGGCAGAUGAAUUAAUGAAACAAACAGAAUUAGGACCUUUAAAGGUUCUUCCAUUGUAUUCUUCCUUGCCUCCUCAGCACCAGCAACGUAUUUUUGAAGAUGCACCACCAGCACGCACUAAAGGUGGAAAACCCGGUCGUAAAGUUAUUGUUUCUACAAACAUUGCCGAAACAUCCUUGACUAUCGAUGGUAUAGUCUAUGUUGUUGAUCCCGGUUUCAGUAAGCAAAAGGUAUACAACCCUCGUAUUCGCGUUGAAUCCCUACUAGUUAGUCCAAUUAGCAAAGCUUCUGCUCAACAAAGAGCUGGUCGUGCAGGUCGUACUCGGGCUGGGAAAUGUUUUCGUCUAUAUACCGAAAGGGCAUUUCUUAAAGAAUUACAAGAACAAACUCAUCCUGAAAUUUUAAGGAGCAAUCUAGGUAGCGUUGUUCUCCAAUUAAAAAAACUUGGUAUAGAUGAUCUCGUACAUUUUGAUUUCAUGGACCCUCCAGCCCCAGAAACAUUGAUGCGAGCACUUGAACUUCUGAAUUAUCUCGGGGCUCUUAGUGAUGAAGGUGACUUAACUUCCGAUGGUCAUUUAAUGGCCGAGUUUCCACUUGAUCCGCAAUUAUCAAAAAUGUUGAUAGAGAGCCCAAAAUUUAGGUGCUCUAAUGAAAUUUUAUCUAUAGCUGCUUUAUUAUCAGUUCCAAAUGUAUUCUUGCGACCUAAUGAUAUGAAAAAGCAAGCCGAAGAGGCAAAAGCUAAAUUUGCACACGACGAGGGUGAUCAUUUAACGUUAUUGAAUGUUUAUCAUGCUUAUAAAGCCGAAUUAGGAGACCCGGAUUGGUGUUAUGACAAUUUUUUAAGUAGUAGAUCAUUGAAGUCGGCCGACAACGUUCGCCAGCAACUUAAACGUAUAAUGGAACGAUGUGAUGAAGAACUGGUCAGUACUCCGUUCACGGACAGUAAUUACUAUCUUAACAUACGGAAAGCUUUGACAGCAGGAUUCUUUAUGCAAGUAGCUCAUUUGGAGAAAUCGGGUCAUUAUUUGACAUGUAAAGACAAUCAGAUUGUUCAACUUCAUCCGUCUUCAUCUCUUAAACAUCAACCUGAAUGGGUUUUAUAUAAUGAAUUUGUUCUUACAACCAAGAAUUAUAUUCGUACUGUAACUGAAGUUAAAGCUGAAUGGCUUUUGGACAUAGCUCCUUCUUAUUAUGAUCUUAAAAAUUUUCCUAAUUGUGAAGGAAAACGGGUAUUGGAAAAAGCUUUAAUGCGUUUCAAAUCCAGGAACAGAAAGUGA